CUCUCUCUCCUCUCUCUCUCUCCUCUCCGACCCCGACAUUUCUCUCUCCCUCCGCCAUAGCUCGCUCCCGCCGAUCUGCACGUACGGUUUUGCAGUCGCGUCCUCCUUCUCGAAAGCGGAGGCGAUGAAGAAGAAGAGCCAUACUAACGUACAUUUUGACUAUGGAGGGUACUAUUCAGAAGGGAAUGAGUGGAUUUAUAAAAAUUCACUAUACGCUAUAUCGUUUAAGACGGCAUGUUUAGAGAAGAUAACUUAUUCGGUGCUAUUAGAUAAGAUCACUACGAAGGUUGGCCAGAAUGGAGUCCUUGGGAAUCUGAAACUGAGUUACAAUCUAUCUAAAGCUCGGAGAGAGACAUAUAUUGUAGAUGAUGAGGACGUAUACAUUUUUUUAACAGAAUGUGAUGAAGAGGGUCGUAUUCCAGUUUUGCAUGUGGAGCUAUUAAGUGACAAUAACCAGAGGGUGGAAGUGUUAGUACCGGAGCGUCGAAGUUCAGUUGGUGUGAAUUAUGUAGAGCUAGUGAAUGUGAAUGAAGUUUUGGAGAAUGAUGUGAAUGAAGUUUUGGAGAAUGAUGUGAAUGAAGUUUUGGAGAAUGAUGUGAAUGAAGUUUUGGUGAAUGAUGUGAAUGAAGUUUUGGUGAAUGAUGUGAAUGAAGUUUUGGUGAAUGAUGUGAAUGAUGAGAAUGAAGUUUUGGUGAAUGAUGUGAAUGAAGUUUUGGUGAAUGAAGAUAUGGUGAAUGAAGUUAUGGUGAAUGAAGUGUGUCAGAAUGUGACAGGUAUGGAAGUUGUGGCUGUGGAAAGGUCGAUGGAUAACCAUUUGGAUGAAGAUGUGGAUGGUAUUUUUGAUUUUGAUGAUAUUCCAGCUAUUCCAAAUCGUGUAAAAGGUACUCCAAAGAAUAUAGAAUGGGAAGAUGGUACGGGUAUAGAACUUUAUCAAGAAUUUUGUUCUAAGGAAGCACUGUGGGAAUUGGUAAACAAAGCUGCAAAACAAGAAGUUUAUGGGGUUUUAAUAGUUAAGUCUGACCCGUUGAGACUUAUGUUACGAUGCAAACAAUAUUCUCAAGGGUGUAAAUGGUAUUUACGAGUUGCGAGAACAAAGCAAUCAGAUUAUUGGAGUGUUAGAGUGCAUAGAAAGAUCCAUACAUGCUCGCGGUCUGUUGAGUCUACAAGCAAUAGUGUACAGAGAGGAACACCACGAUUAAUAGCAGCUGUUUUACAUGCUGACUUUCCAGGUAAUCUACAGACCCCAAAUCCAAAAAGCAUCAUGUCUAUUGUGACAGGAAGACUUGGUGUGCAUUGUUCAUACUCUACUGCAUUAAGAGGGAAAAUGCAGCAUGUUAGUGAAGUGAGAGGUGGACCAGAAAAAAGCUACAAGAUGUUGUUUUCUUAUCUCUACAUGUUAGAGAUGGUAAAUAGAGGGACUGUAACAAGUGUGGAGUUGGAAGAGAAGAAGUUCAAGUACCUAUUCAUCGCUUUGGGAGCUAGCAUUGAAGGUUUCAGGGGAAUGAGGAAAGUGAUAAUUGUGGAUGCAACUCAUCUCAAAACUGUAUAUGGUGGGAUGUUGGUUAUUGCAACAGCUCAAGAUCCUAAUCAUCACCAUUAUCCUCUUGCAUUUGGUGUAAUUGAUGCAGAGAAGGAUGUUAGUUGGAUUUGGUUUUUCCAGAAGCUGAAAACUGUAUAUCCAGAAGUUCCUAAUCUGGUGUUUAUUAGUGACAGGCAUCAAAGCAUCAAGAAGGCUGUCAUGACGGUGUACCCGAAUACGCAUCAUGUACACUGUAUAUGGCAUUUGUCUCAAAAUCUAAGACUCCGUGCGAAGACUGAUAAGGAUGGAGCUGCGAAGAAGUUCUUGGAGUGCGCUCAUGCUUAUAUUGAGAGUGAGUUCAAUAGAGAAUAUGGUAUAUUUAGGAGUCGGUGGUCUAAUGUUGCUGACUAUCUAGAUAAAGCCAUAGAGAGAGAGCAGUGGUCUAGGUACCAUUUCCAAGGAGACAAGUACAACAUAGACACUAGCAAUGCUGCGGAGUCCAUGAACGCUGUGUUUAAGAAAGCGAGGAAGUAUCACCUCGUACCUAUGAUUGAUGCCAUGGUUGAGAAGUUGUGCCUUUUGUGGAGAACAUCUUGCAUGCUCGAUGUCCAGUUGCUGCGAAGUUAAAAGUUGUUGAGCUUAACAGUUAUAGACAAGAAUACAACGUCAUUGAUGGGAUGUCGGUCAGCUUUUUGGUGGAUUUGAAAAUGAAAACUUGUUCUUGCAAGACAUUUGAUAUAGACAAGUACCCGUGUGUCCAUGCCAUUGCCGCAGCAAGGUUCCUAGCCUGCAAGGAAGGGAGAAAUGCAGAUGUAAGCAUAUAUGGACUUUGCUCCGUCUUUUAUUUGAUUGAUACUUGGGCAUUGGCAUAUUACAGGACGUUGUUUGUAGUGCCACAUGAGUCAGAAUGUAAUAUUCCCGAGUCAGUUAAAGAGUUGGAGGCUGAGCCGCCGGAUUACACUCCAAAAAAAGGACGCAAUCAAGAUAAACGGUUUCCAUCUGUUGGAGAAAAACGGAGAAAGAGUAACAAAGCUGUUCCAGGAAUUAACUUGGAGAGAUGGCUACAGCCCGAGGAUCCAGAAGCAUCUUGAUUAAUUCUCUGGUUCAACCGGUACAACUGCUUUACCAAUACGGUUCAACUGGAACAACUGGACCAUUUUGGUUCAACUGGAACAACUGUGUAACCAUUUGGGUUCAACCGGAAUAACUUAAACAACUUUGUACUUGUAUUUUUAUUUGUAAGACUAAUAUCGCUUUGUAAUAUAUGGAUUAUUAUUUAUAAGUUUGUAAUAUAAACUAUUUUAUUUCUUUA